AUGGAAAAAGCAGAAGGAAGAAACCGAACGCUCAUCGUGGAACUGAUCCUUGUAGGGUUUGAGAUCGGCCCUGAACUGCAGCCCCUCCUCUUCCUGGUGUUUCUACUGAUCUACAUUGUAGCUAUGACUGGAAAUCUCCUCAUCAUUGUGCUAGUGGUGGCUGAUCUGAACCUUCACACCCCCAUGUACUACUUUGUAGCCAACUUGUCCACUGUGGAGAUCUGCUACAUCUCCACCACCCUGCCCAGGUUGAUUGGUAGUCUUGCGACUGAGGACAGAACCAUUUCUCUGCAGAACUGCCUUGUGCAAUUUGAUGUCUAUACUAUCCUCUCCAAUGCAGAAUGCGGGCUGCUCACGGCCAUGUGUAUUGAUCGGUAUCUAGCGAUCUGCCAUCCCCUCCGUUACGCUGCUCUGAUGAACGGCAGGGUGUGUUGCCACAUGGUGGCCUGGGCCUGGAUAUUUGGCAUUUCCUAUAGCAUCAUGCUACAAAUUAUCAGGGUGAAUUUAAGAUAUUGUGGUCCCAAUGAAAUUGACCAUUUCUUUUGUGAUUUUGCAACCGUUAAAGGUCCGUUCUGUGGUGUUACCCAGACUCUGGAACUGCUCCCAUUGGUUUUGUCUCUCCUAUUGACGAUUGGGGUCUUUCUACUGACCCUGGUGUCCUACAUUUGUAUCAUCGCCAACAUCCUGAGAAUCCCUUCUAGCUCUGGGAGGCAAAAGGCCUUUUCCACCUGCUCCUCCCACCUCAUCGUGGUUGCAGUUUACUAUGUGAGCGUAAUGACAGUCUAUGUCGUUACACUGUUCAAUCCUCCCGUGAUCCUCCACAAAAUAAUGUCUGUCUGGUUCGCAAUCCUGAUCCCGUUGCUCAACCCCGUCCUCUACAGCCUGAGAAACAAGGAGGUGAAUCAAUCCCUGAGAAAAGCUCUGCUGAAACUGGUUGCUUUGAGACACCGACAUGGAGUGUGA